UUUCUCUCCCCUACUCAAUAGGUUUCCCUUCCCCCAGCGAGUGUGGCCUGAGCCUCCUCAUCACUGAACUGCUGCCUCCUGUCUCUCAUCUGCCCCUCACUGUCUGUCCUUCCUGGGACCCCGGCCCCUGUGUAUCACAUGUCUCUAUAGAUCCGACUGCAGCAACUUCCCUCAACAUAAUGUCAGAUAUCAGGUGUAAGUCAUGCCCAGAUGCAUCGUUGCCGGUUGCACCAACUACAGUUCCAAGGCGUCUCGCUCUAAGGGGCUGAAGAUGCACGCGUUUCCUCUCAACCUGACGCGGAUUAAGCUUUGGCUCAAGCAGAUCGGCCAGGAUUUCGGCAACCACGACGCCUUCGCUCAGCGGAUCAUGGACGCCAAGAACAGUAACCCGUAUCGCGUGUGCUCCGACCACUUCACCGCGGGGUGUUACAUCACACAAGGAAGUAAAACCGUUCUCACCACGGACGCCAUGCCAACCAUUUUCCCAAACAGGAAGACCCCUUUGUCCCUACAGGAAGACGUUUACCCUUCGCCGCCCAAAAAGCCCCGGGAGGAGGAGCUGGGCACAGACACGCCCACGAGUAACGGUACGGAUGGAAUGAACAAACUGUGUUACGUUGUAGGGGCGCCGGUGAUUAUUGUGAAUGAAGUGUUUACACGGUCCAAUGGGUACAAUGGCGCCAAGGACGCGGACACGCAAUUCGACCGUGAUUUUGGGGUGAAACACAAGAGGACGAGCACAAACCCCAGAUAUUUCAUGAAAAAUGUGGGUACCAGCACCGACCCGCAGGAAGAACUAAACUGGUGCCUUCCAAAAAUAAUGGUAGAUGCCAGCACCUCUACUGACCCCCUGGAGUGAACCCCCAGACUCACAAACUGAACUACUGACGUGUCAAUGGUAUUCCGCCCGUGCCAACUCUCACAUACUCUUAAUGACCAUGGCAAACCUUCUCCCCAACAGGGCAGAGACCUUGGUGACCUUGGCUGAGGUGUGAGCCCCCCAAUUCUGCGAGUCCUUCUAGAGUGUGUGUGAAGCCAUUUGCCACUCCCAGGAGCUGCUCCCAACUCCCAGGCACCUUUACUUUUUUUUAAUAAAAUAAUUUUGUAGCAA